AUGGGGGCUUUUGGCCAGGCGCCCGACCAACAGCAGGGAGGCUUCGCCUUUGGGGCUGCUCAGUCUGCACCGGCCUUUGGCGCAAACCCUCAGCCCGCCUUUGGGUUUGGAGCAGCGCAGCAGCAGCCAGCUCAGCCCGGUAUGGGAGGGGAGGCCGUGCCCAACGCCUUUGGUGGGGGCAUGCCUGGGGCUUUCUCCCUCGGCUCAAACUCCCAGUCCGAGUCGGCGCGGAGGAGGGUCAAGGUCAAGCGCAAUGUGCGCCGCGGGUAG